AUGAGAAAAUCGAAAAUAAGAAAGCCUCCACCAUUAUACGUCCAAACGUAUUCUAGGAAAUCCUCACCGCGUUGUUCCUCCGUCCUUUCCGACUGCGACGCCGACGACGAAGGCUUCAUGUCGUCAGGGGAAUUCCUGCCAUCAUGCUCGAAGCCUUUAAGUCAUUCAAUGACCGGUCCUUAUUGCCCACGGCGACCAACAUUACAAGAGGUCUUAUCGAAUGUUGCACCACCACCAUGGACGUUAAGCGCUUUCAUGGCAUACCUGUCACAAAAUCAUUGUCUGGAAACUUUAGAAUUUACGAUGGAUGCUACGCGAUAUAAAAAUCAUUACCACACGACAUAUGGUAGGGAUCCAUAUUCACCAUUAUCUCCCACCGAUCAAGAUUGCGAAUAUGUACGAAUGUUAUGGCGAAAAUUGUUGGAUGCAUACAUUACGCCAAAUGGACCACGAGAAGUGAAUUUACCUUCCGAUGUUAGGGAUCGAUUAUUGGAUUUACCAAAUGCAUAUGAUGCACCGGACCCAAGGGAGUUGGAUCAAGCCGUCAAAAUCAUAUAUGAGUUGAUGGAUGAAUCCGUACUAGUUCCAUUCUUGAACUCGAUAGUUCCUCCGUCACGUGCUUCAGAAUCUAGUCCUUGGGUCUCGAGUGAGUCAUUUGGUGACACUGCGAUGACUGAAUCCUUGGACGAACGAGCCUUGUCGCCUGGUCUAUCACGCGCGAGAAGAGAAAGCCCACCUCCCAGUGGGGAUAAGGUUUUUCAUUCCCAUAAUCUUCCAUCACAGCGUUCAUCUCAACAUUCACAUCUUACUGCUGCAUUAGGUCGUGCAACUUCUGCUCGCUUAUCAACAUUUAUCUCCGGAUCUUCAGGAACUUCCUCUGUCGAAUCCGAAAGUCUUACGGAUGACACCGAAUCACCGUCUUCCCUAGAGCCAAUAACCCCGCCGACCACUCCUCCAACUUCAGAUACUGGUUUUGUAAGCGACUCGCCUGAUCCAAGUCCACGUCAUUCUCGUGAAGGAAGUUCUCGCGUCGAUGAAACGCUGAAAGCAACUGAAGGAGUAUCAACACCCAUGGUCGCGUAUCCUGGUUCAGCAGUAGAUAUUUCUGGACGUCGGCCUUCACUCGUUACAGCUAUGGCGUCAACACAUGUUCACAACGACGAAAAGGGAGUUUCAUUUGGGUCUUCUAGGUCUCACAAAAUUAUUAAAUCUUGGGGGAUUACAGAAGAGGGUAGGAAUAUGAGUAGAGGUGUUGGAGGGGAUGAUGUGGCCGCGAAAUUGGGGUCAUAUUUAAAUGAGAAGGAAAAUGUUCAUGCGAAAAUGAUGCAGGUUGCAGGCUUGCCAUUUUAUAUCCCAGCAAAGGUGCCUGAAGAAGAUGAGCCGAGGAAAUCAUCAGAAAUGACAAUUACAGAUACCGAAGUUGACGUGGAUUUUGAUUUCGAGGAAGAUAAUGGCACUUGGAUAUCAGCACAUUCAUCAGCUCGCGCAUCGACGACAAGUCUAGCAACGACUGAUUCAUCUCCGAGGACAAUUAUGGAUGAUCGAUCUCACGACGAUACCUUCACAACCGAUACAAGCAUUGCAUGUUCUUCUGCCAGUAGCAUCUAUUCUAGCUCAGCUGCUAGCAUUAGUUCCUGUACCAGUGGUACGAGCACUGAUAUUUAUGGAUGGGAAGAAGAACUUGAACGAAAGAGUGGUGAAGGUUCUCCAUCCUGGGAUCAUCGAAGUGAACUCGGAGCGGCAAUGAGACGUCUUCCAAGCGGUGGUAGAACAAUAGGUCAUCGUGGUGGACACACAGGAGGACUUCCACAAUGUUCUUACAAACGAGCGGAUGGAAAGAAGAAAAGUUUGUUGUAUCGCGUGUUGAACAUUUCACCACCCAAGAGAUUGAACGACGAUUUACCUUCGGUACCAAUAAUGCCUUCUUCCUAUCCGAUACAGAAUACCGCGGUUGAAACGGCACCUUGA